AUGACCGAAGGCGAGGAGGAGGAGGUUGACGACGAGGAGGAGCGCAUCGAGUCGGACUCCGAAGCGAGAGACCUCGUCCGACUCCCGCGUGAACUGAAGAGAGGCGCCGCAUCUUCAUCGCAGGGCGCUCCGAAGCCGCAGGAAGGCGAGGGGGAUGAAGAGGCGACCUCUCACCCGGAGGAGGGGGAGCCCUCAAAGGAAGGGGCCGAGCCGCAGCCCAAGCGGCUGCGCCCGACUAUCCUGGAGGGUUCCAUAAAGCUUCAGCGCCCCCUGAAGGACGCCAUCGACGCUGGAGCCCGAGCCGGUCCGGGCGUAAAGGCGAUCCCCACGGUGAAGUCCAAGAGGAAGGUCUUGGCAAGACCUGCUACGACUGGAGCGGCGGCCACAAGGGCGGCCGAGGCGAAGAAGGCGGCCGAGCUGAAGAAGGCCGCGGAAAAGAAGACGGCGCCUUCCGACCUUGCGGGCACGGGGUCGGCUCGGGAAGAGCCUGUCGCUGCGAGCCAGGCUGAGGACGCGAGCGCCGGCCGUGCCGAGCCCACCGCUGAGGAUUUCCCCCUGCCUAGUGUGGGUCGCGGGGGCGCGGCGAGCGAUGGGACCAAGCACCGCUCCCCCCGUGGUUGA